CUUCGGAAUUUGCUAGAAGGCCAAGAGCACUGAACGAAGUGGAUAGGUGGAAGGCGACGGAGUUCCGUCAGUUUCUCUUAUACACAGGGCCGGUGGUGUUGCAUGAGGUGUUAAGCCCUGAUCUAUAUGCAAACUUCCUGCUGCUGUCGACAGCCAUGGCAAUGCUGGGCUCCCCUUUCUUUGCCAGAAAGUACAACGAAUAUGCCAACAGCCUCCUUCAUGCUUUUGUGGAACAUUUUGCCUGCCUGUAUGGAAAUGAUCAGCUAGUGUACAAUGUUCAUGGGUUGACCCAUCUUGCACAGGAUGCAAAACAUUUUGGCAAUCUGGAUGUUAUAUCAUCCUUUCCAUACGAAAAUUAUUUGCAAAAACUCAAGGGUUUUGUACGCAAACCCUCAAAUCCCCUGGCCCAAAUUAUCAGACGCCUGUCCGAGGGAUUAAAUGGUGGUGUUACAAGUGACCAGCGCAUCAAAUUGUGCAAAGAACAUGCCCGAGGCCCUAUACCAGUACCAAACUUGAUCUGUCACCAGUAUGACGAACUGAUAUCAGAGAGGUUCACCAUGACCACAACAUGUCGAAACAACACAUUUCUUAUGGGCAAAAAUGUGUGUCGAAUAAUUAAUGUAAUUGACUGUCACGGUGAUAUCGUAAUUGCCUACAGACAGUACGGGAUGGUUGAAACAUUUUUUACCUAUCCUUUUAAUUCGGACAUUUUAAACAUUGUGAUACCAGCUGACAUAAGCCAUGAGAUAAAAUUCUCCAAACUGUCAUCUUUCACACAAAAAUGCAUGGCUGUCCCUUUCAAUGAGGCAAUGGUGGUUAUACCAUUGUUUCAUAUGAAGGACUAGACUUUAUUUUUGAAAAUCAUAGUUCAGUUCAGUUAUGUAUUUUUUUAAUCAUCUUAUAUUUUACACAAUUAUUUUUAAAAGACAUUUUGUGGAGUAAUUUUCCUCGACGAGGACGUUACAGAAGUUGUGCCGAGGUCAUGGGUUAAAGGUGAUGAAUGUUUUUGGCCAACAUUCAUUUCCGAGGAAAAAACCCAAAAGGCCAUAAAGAGGCAUGAAAUGCCAGGCCUUGGCUGGAAAAUCUUCAAAAUAAGAACACUCUUUGAAAAAGUAGAUGACUUCAGUAAGGCAAGGCAAAAGCUGAAGGACUACAACAGAAAUGGAACGGCAGUCCUCCAGUCAGAGGAUGAGGGCCCCAUGGCAAAAAGGAGAAGAAAAGCGACACAUUACCCAGGAUUUGAAAACGGCAGUACUGACUCUGAAACUGAGCAGACUCCAAAAAGAAGACCAGAGUCUCGGCCUCAGCCUCAACCUCUCCCUAUUAGCGCUACCCUUCCUAGUCUCCCUCCAGCCCCCCUCUCGGACAUUGCAGUGGACAUGGGUCAAGAGUCUCUGGACAACACAAGACAGGGAACCUAUACAGACAUAAGCUGGAAUGUGAGGAGGGAGUCAGACCCCUUCAAUGUAAUCAAUAGCUCAGCGCACCAGUCAACACCACCACCACCUCAACACUUGAGUCCAGUGUUUGACAUUAAUAUUGGCUUCCCCUAUUCACAUGGUGACAAGUACAUGUCGGCUCAGCUACAUGGCCUAUUGCUUUUGGAAAACCUAAAGCAGCAGGUUGCCCAACUCACCACCACUGUGAACCUGCUCAUGGCCAAGGUUAAUAACGGCCUCCAACCAGCAGCCUUUGAGUGGUCCGGGGAAUUUCAAUUCCCCCUGGAAUCAGAUGCAGAGCUGGACCGCUUUGAGGCCUGGCUGGCGGACCCUGCCAACAAUAGGCAGAAACAUGCCCUUUGCCAACAGCAACAGAAGCUGAAGUAUGGAGGAAUGCCAUUAGGUGGUUUGCCCUUUCGGCGGACAGGAGUGGAGGGCGCCAGGAGAGACUUGCUCGUCAGCAGCAGGAGCAGCAACAGCAACAGCUGA